UGGCAUAUCACCAUUAUUCUUUUUUUUUUUUUUAUAAUUUUUUUAGAGAUAUUGAGAGGGGGAGAAUGGAAGAAAGGGAAGGAGAAGCAGAAAGAAACAAAGGUGGGUGUCCAAUUAUAUAUUAUGAUGCACAACUAACUAAAAAGACAAAAAUACCUCUACUCUAACGGUACAAAAGUGGGUUAAGAUCAGGACCAAUCACAUAAUAAAUUACAAUCAUAAGGACCAAUGUCGUGAUGUUUUUCAUAAUUAUAGUCAAAAUGCAGUAUUUUAUAUAAACCACAUGAAGAAUUUUGUCUAGAUUUUUAUAUCGUUUUACUUAUCCAUAAAUUGGUAAAAAUAUUUAUGUGUUAGAAUUUUGUUUAGAUUUUUAUAUCGAUUUACUUAUCCAUAAAUUGGUAAAAUAUUUAUGUGUUAGUUUGCUUAAUAAUGAAAAUGAAAAACCCAACGGUUCUUUCUCCCUGUGUGUGGUGUGUGUUUGUAUGGGUACAUUUCGAGCUUCCGUUGGUGCCAAGCACGCAUGGCGAUUCACCAUUUCCUUCAACACCCCAUUUUUCUCGCUUUCUCAGAAAUUUUCUCUCUCUAGACUCCGAAUCCUCUCUCUCAUCUUCAAUUUUGCUCUGUUUCUCGCGUUUGCAGAAGCCAGCUCAUGUUUUAUUCAGAUUUUCGCACGUUUGGAUUGGAUUCACACGUUCAGGGUAAUAGGUAUUCUAUCCCAAUAUUUAGGUUUUGGUGAUAAAGACCCAAACUGACUGUAGCAUAAAGCAGCAAUCAUGGCUGUUUCUAUGAGAGAAGUGGAUCCAGCUUUUCAAGGAGCUGGACAAAAAGCAGGAAUUGAGGUAUGGAAGAUUGAGAAUUCUAAGCCAGUGGCUAUCCCUGAGGCUUCUUAUGGUAAAUUUUUUACAGGGGAUUCCUACAUUAUUUUGAAGACUGUUACAAAAAAAAGUGGUGUCUUCCGCUAUGAAAUCCAUUAUUGGCUAGGUAAAGAUGCAACUGAGGAUGAUGCCAGCACAGCAGCCACAAAAACACUUGAACUUGAUGCAGCUCUUGGAGGAAGAGCUGUUCAGUAUCGUGAAUUACAAGCCCAUGAAACUGAAAGAUUCCUUUCUCUUUUUAAACCAUGUAUUAUACCUGAAGAAUCUGAACCUCAAGAACACAAAACUCGUAUGUUUGUUUGUAAAGGAAAACAUGUUGUUCAUGUAUAUGAGGUUCCUUGUGCUCGAUCCUCUCUGAAUCAUGAAGACAUAUGCAUUUUGGACACUAAAAAAAAAAUAUUCCAAUUUAAUGGUUCCAAUACUUCAAUACAAGAAAGAGCUAAAGCACUAGAAGUUGUGCAGUAUAUCAAAACCACUUACCAUACUAACAAGUGUGACAUAGCUACCAUUGAUGAUGGGAGAUUAAUGGCUGAUGCUGAAGCUGGAGAAUUCUGGGGUUUCUUUGGUGGAUUUGCUCCACUUCCAAAGAAAACAGCUACAAAUGAUGCUCAAAGUACUCAUGCUUAUCCUACUCAGCUACUUUGUAUCAUAAAGGGGAAAGCAAUACCUGUAGCUGCUGAUUCAUUGACAAAGAAGUUACUAGACACACACCAUUGUUAUCUUCUAGAUUGUGGAACAGAAAUUUAUGUAUGGGUUGGAAGAAGUACUAAUCUUGAAGAAAGAAAAGCUGCAAAUGGAGCUGCAGAAGAACAUUUACGUGUUCAUGAAAGACCAAAAUCCAACAUCAUUCGAAUGAUUGAGAAUUUUGAAACAGUUUCUUUCAGAUCAAAGUUUGAUUCAUGGCCUCCACUGAGUGAUGUGGUUGCAUCUGAAGAUGGUAGAGGGAAGGUGGCUGCACUUCUAAAACGUAGAGGACUUGAUGUCAAGGGUCUGAUUAAAACUUCUACUGAACAUGAGGAGGAACCUCAACCAUAUAUUGAUUGCAGUGGAAAUUUACAGGUGUGGCGUGUAGAUGGAAAAGAAAAGAGUCUUCUUCCAGACAUUGAACAAUCAAAAUUCUACACUGGAGAUUGUUAUAUCUUUCAAUAUACAUAUUCUGGAGAUGAACAAGAGGAAUGUCUUAUGGGAACAUGGUUUGGAAAACAAAGUGUUAAGGAAGACAGAGAUUCAACAAUGUUACUAAUAACCAAAAUGCUUGAAUCAGUCAAGUUUUUAGCUACUCAGGCACGUGUUUAUGAAGGAGAUGAACCCUUCCUUUUCUACGCAAUAUUUCAGAGCUUUAUGGUUCUCAAGGGUGGUCUUAGUAAAGGAUACAAGAAUUACAUAUCAGAAAAAGGACUACCUGAUGACACAUACAGAGAAGAUGGAAUUGGACUCUUUAGAGUUCAAGGCUCUGGUCCUGAAAACAUGCAAUCAAUUCAAGUUGAUCCUGUUGCAGCUUCCUUGAACUCCUCCUACUGUUUCAUAUUACACAAGGAUACACUUGUCUUUAUGUGGAAUGGAAACCAGACAACUACUGAGGAUCAUGAACUUUCUGAGAGGCAACUGGAUCUCAUAAAGCCUGAUAUGCAAACGAGAGUUCAUAAAGAAGGAGCAGAAUCAGACCAGUUUUGGGAAAUUUUAGGAGGAAAAACCAAACAUCCAAAUCAAAAGAUUCAAACAACUGCUGAAACUGAUCCUCAUUUGUUCUCAUGUACAUUGUCCAAAGAUGACAAUUUAAAGCUUUAUCAGAUACACAACUUCAAGCAAGAUGAUUUAUUGACAGAAGAUGUAUAUAUCAUUGAUGUUCUCUCAAGCAUCUUUAUUUGGGUAGGGCAACAAGUUGAAGCAAAAACCAAAACACAAAAAUUAGCCAUUGGAGAGAAAUUUCUGGAACGCGACAUUCGUCUUGAGAAAUUAUCUCUUCAAACUCCAAUUUUCAUCAUAACGGAAGGAAGCGAACCACCAUUCUUCACACGCUUCUUCACAUGGGAUUCAAAGAAAACUGGAAUGCAUGGAAACUCAUUCGAAAGGAGGCUUUCUCUGAUCAAAGAUGGAGGUCGUUCAACUAUGAACCUUAAACCGAAAAAGAGAGCACCGGUAUCAUUCGGAGGAAGGUCCGGAUCCGAAAAACCACAACGGUCAAGGAGUGUGUCAUUCGGGUCGGACCGGCCUCGGGCAAGGGGCAGGUCUCCAGCAUUUAACGCUCUCGCUUCAAAAUUUGAUAAUCCUACUGCACAAAGAAACCUCUCAACUCCUCCGCCAGUUGUCAAUAAACUUUUUCCGAAAGUCGGCGGCGGCGGCGACACCGGUGGUGGCGGUGGCGGCGGCAAUCUUGACACCUCGAAACUUCCGGGCAGACUUGAUACGUCGAAACUGUUUUCCAAGUCUAAAGCCAUUGCUUCACUAACCGCCUCUUUUGAUAAACCUACACGAGACAAACUCAUGCCUCGUUCUAUCAAGACGGCGAGAUCGGAGCCAGUAUCAAAAAUGGAGGCAAACGCAAAGGGAACACCAAUGAGUAGUAGAAAAAUAGGGGGAUUAGGAGUAAAUAAGGAAGAUGCAAAUGAGAAUAAGGUUGAAAAAGAAGAAGAAGAAAAAGGCGGCACUUUUUACCCAUAUGAUCGGCUUACUACAUCGUCAACGGAUCCUGCUCCAAAUAUUGAUGUCGCCAAGCGAGAGAUGUAUCUAUCCUCGAGUGACUUCCGGGAGAAAUUUGGAAUGACGAAAGACGCGUUCUACAAGAUGCCGAAAUGGAAACAAAAUAAGAUGAAAAUUUCGCUUAAGAUGUUUUGAAUGUUAUUAUUUAAAAAAUCUCAAAGGAAAGAAAGAAUACGAAUACUUACCAAUUUUCUUCUACAUACAAACAAACAUUAUCACUCUAACUGCAGUUUUAUUUUUUUUUAUACAGCGAACAGAACAGGUCCUUUUUUGGUAUUUUAGUCUUUUUAUUAGACUGAUAUAAUUUUUCCAUUAUUUAUUUAUUCAUUUGAACGGAAGUGUAUAUGGAACAAAUGAGUGUAAAACGUCAUUUCAUUAAUAAAAGAAAAAAAAUAUAUGUUU